GAAGUGUUUUUAAUUGCCAGACGCAUACACCAUAUAUCCUGUUGUCUGUUUUUAUAUUACUUACUUUUCCAGAUUUACGUUGACGACUGAGCCCUGAAGAAAACGAAAUUUUAUUAGCGAGUAUUGCGUGCUAACAUAUUCAGUUUUCCCAAUAAACAUGGCUUCUGGAUUUUCGGUUAAGAUAUAUCGUUCCUCCGGCACGAGUCGAAAUACUCGAAGUGAUGGGUCAACGAAGUCUGUCACAUCUCAUUCCAAGACCGUUUAUAUAGGAUUCUUGACAGAAAGUUCACGGAACACUCCAAUGAUCAAAUCCCGUUAUGACCCUUCCCGUCAUAGUAGCAAGGAGGAGACACAGCCCAGCAUUAUCCCAUUUAUUUACAAUGGUGGCGGGGACAAUAUCUGUUCAAUCUGCCGUGACAAUUUUCGCAUAGGCGAAAAUGUUGAAAUUCUCUCUGCUUGUUUGCAUAAAUACCACCCAUCUUGCCUCGCUGAAUGGUUAAAAAAGAAACGCAACUGUCCAACUUGCCGAUGGAAAUGUUAAUUUUGAACACUUGCGGAAUAUUACACAUUUUGAUUCUCAUUAACUUUUUACGAUUUUGUUUUCGAUGCUUUGUUGUAAAUAUUUUAAAAUUUUCGAAAUAAAUCUCUUUUAAUUCUAA